AUGGCUACCCAUACAGUCAUCGAGAUCCCCAAAACAACAUCCGGUCCUGCCGAUCCUCGCGCGCCCAGCAUCCUCACAACCUUACCGCCUGAGAUCCGCAACCGCAUCUACGAGUACCUGUUCAAGAGAUAUAGACCUGUUAUUCUGGACGACGAGGAAGAAGAUUUCUGUGAUGUCUUUGCAGGUUGCACCGACCUUCUACUAUCAUGCAGGCAAGUCUACCAUGAAGCCGUCGGUAUCCUCUACGGGCAGAAUACUUUCUUCGUCACUCCGUUCCUCGAAGAUCAGAUGCAAUUUACCUGCACAUGGUUGUCAAGAAUCGGAUCACACUAUCACCUCCUGUCUCGCGUGAGCAUGGACGCAGAUGCAUUACCUCCAGCAACAUAUCGACGAUACGAUCUGUUACCACUGUUGAAGUUCAUCUGGGGUUAUCCUCAGGCCAAAUGUGAAUUUGCCUUCGUUGUUUCCAGAAAUUCGGGGUUCAAAGAACAAAACAACGGCGCUGAACCGUACGAUUCAAUCACUGCCGCGGAUAUUAUGAACACGAUUCUCUUCGGAUUAGGCACCGCAGACGUUCUCAACCUCAAGCAGUAUGCCAGAUACUCUGGCCUGAUCUCAUCAGUAAUGGUCUGGUACCAUGACCACGCCCAAUGUGGAUAUGUCGAAUACAACGAUUCUCGUAUUCCACGUUCCUUCCCGCAUCCAGACAGAGGCUUCUCCAUCUUAGACCAUGGUUCCAAGAUUCAGUGGAAAGAACCUGAACAGCUGGAUCUUGUGUCCUUGCCUGGAGAAUGCCUGUCGACCAUCAAUGCGUACGCACGCGCGUCUGAUACAGACGUUGCAUUCGACCUGGACGCCAGCGAAGCCCGGGGCUACCGCAUAGGGCUCAGCGGAGUCGACACCUCGCUGCGGCUUGACAUCGACCAGAUGCAUACGAGAGUGUACGACGAGAUUAUCAUCCGUAUGUCUACUCAGGAAGCUGGGACCGACUUCGAUGACUUCAAGGCACUACAAAAGCUGUUAGAGGUCGACAACUUUGAGAGUCUAGUCAACCCACAUCAUUGCAGAGAGGAGCAGUGUUUCAUCAACAUGGUUCUGAUGUUCAAGCUUUCCACACCAGAGCCCACUGCGGACUUUCGUAUAAACAUCAACAAGCUUCUGCAUAUAUUCAAACACGACCAUGGAUGUCUUCUGAUUACUGUCCAAGAGUCCGAUAGCAGCAUGAAUGGCACUCAGUCCAUCAAGUGGCAUCUCAUUCAGAGAGCAGUAUUCCUCUUGCUAUCAGACGUGUUGGAGCAGUAUCCUUCGAAAGCCGAUCAGCCUCUUCCACAAAUAUGGAUAGAUGGCCACGGUACUGCUUUGUGCGCUACAUACCCCGCUAUGGCCACCUCCGAGGAGACAACUAUUCCCUGUUCGUAUGCCAUCGACGAUCCGGCUGACGUCCUUGAACAAUACCGUCGCAAGAUCAUUCAUCUUGACCAAAGCGGGAUGUGGGAGCAAUGCGUGUCCCCUCUCGAUAUUUAUUCUCAGAUGAAUAACGAUAGCCUGGCCAGUAUGUGUUACUGCAUACGGUACUAUCUUGGCAUAAAUUAA